UGCCUUCACUGGGAAACCAACACGGGGAGAAUCUGCGCUGCUGCUCACACGACGCAACGAGACACUUUGUGCGUAAAGGAAAGGACGAGUCGAGUGCAGCUUCCCGAAAUAUUGUGGGAAGAGAUGGUCUUUUCUUCAGGACUGACAUAACAUUUAAAGCCGAAACAGUGAAUAUGGCCCCAAAUUCAAUCCACUGGUUUCGGAAGGGCCUGCGUCUGCAUGACAACCCUGCACUUCAGGAGGCAGUGCGGGGUGCAGCCACCAUCCGAUGUGUUUACUUCCUGGACCCCUGGUUUGCUGGGUCCUCCAACCUUGGGGUCAACAGGUGGAGAUUUCUCCUUCAGUGCCUAGAUGAUCUUGACUCCAGUCUCCGGAAGCUCAAUUCACGCCUUUUUGUUAUCCGAGGUCAACCAGCCAACGUUUUUCCACGACUGUUUAAGGAGUGGGAAAUAUCCAGGUUGACCUUUGAGUAUGACUCAGAACCUUUUGGGAAGGAGCGGGAUGCUGCUAUUAAGAAGCUCGCAAUGGAGGCUGGGGUGGAAGUCAUUGUCAAGAUCUCACAUACGCUUUACAAUCUGGACAAAAUCAUUGAGUUGAAUGGUGGUCAGCCACCCCUCACCUACAAGCGUUUCCAGACUCUGAUCAGCCGUAUGGACCCACCAGAGAUGCCAGUGGAGACCAUGUCUAGCAACCUUAUGGGCUGCUGCGUUACACCUCUAUCUGAAGACCAUGGGGACAAAUAUGGCGUGCCUUCUCUUGAAGAGCUGGGGUUUGACACGGAAGGACUACCCUCUGUUGUGUGGCCAGGCGGGGAGACAGAAGCAUUAACAAGGAUUGAGAGACACCUAGAGAGAAAGGCUUGGGUGGCCAACUUUGAGAGACCAAGGAUGAAUGCCAACUCCCUGCUGGCCAGCCCCACAGGCCUGAGCCCUUACCUUCGCUUUGGCUGCCUCUCCUGUCGCCUCUUCUAUUUCAAACUCACAGAUCUCUACAGAAAGGUAAAGAAGACCAGUAGCCCUCCUCUCUCCCUCUAUGGCCAGCUGCUGUGGCGAGAAUUUUUUUACACUGCUGCCACCACUAACCCACGAUUUGACAAGAUGGAGGGCAACCCCAUCUGCGUUCGUAUUCCCUGGGAUAAGAACCCAGAGGCACUGGCCAAAUGGGCUGAGGCUAAGACUGGUUUCCCAUGGAUCGAUGCAAUCAUGACUCAACUGAGGCAGGAAGGCUGGAUCCAUCACCUGGCUCGUCAUGCUGUGGCUUGCUUUCUCACCCGAGGAGACCUAUGGAUCAGUUGGGAGGAGGGCAUGAAGGUUUUUGAGGAGCUCCUACUGGAUGCAGACUGGAGUGUGAACGCAGGCAGCUGGAUGUGGCUCUCUUGUAGCUCAUUCUUUCAGCAGUUCUUCCACUGCUACUGUCCAGUAGGGUUUGGUCGGCGUACUGACCCUAAUGGGGACUUCAUUAGACGCUAUUUACCUAUUCUUCGAGGUUUUCCGGCCAAGUAUAUCUACGAUCCGUGGAACGCCCCAGAUUCGGUGCAGACUGCAGCAAAGUGCAUCAUUGGAGUCCAUUACCCAAAGCCCAUGGUGAACCAUGCAGAGGCCAGUCGCCUUAACAUUGAGAGGAUGAAACAGAUCUACCAGCAACUCUCCCGCUAUAGAGGACUAGGACUUCUGGCCUCCGUGCCAUCUACACACAACGGGAAUGGGAAUGGGAUGGUCUACUCUCCAGGAGAACAGCAGUCUGGGAACAGCACACUAGCACCAGCCAAGUCAGGCAGCUCGGUUGCCAGUGGUAACCGGAGUGGAAGUAUUUUGCUGAACUUUGACAGUGAGGACCAGGGACCAAGCAGAAUGCAGCAGCAACAAAAGCUAGGACGUGUGCUUCACACAGCAGCACAACGUGUCACAUGUAAGAGGGAGAGAGAAUCAGAACGAGACACUGAAGGAGACGACACCCUCGUCACCUCUAACAAGCUACAGCGACAAAUAGCAGAGGUCUCUACUGUGCAUUGCACCAAUGGCAACCAGCCUGUAGAGCUAAAAGGACAUAUCAAACUGAAGUGAACAUAGAAGUUACCACUGGUUUUAAUAUGAAGACUUCUUCUUUCUUUGUUUAUGACGGGAUAGGGAAUUGGAAUGCUGGCUAUAUGGUUUAGAAUUCAUAACCCGAAUGGUCAGUUAUUAAGAAAGUGAAUGUGUAUAACACUAUGAAAUAUAUGAAACUGGUCCUUUCCUCUUCAGAACAAUAUAUAUUUAUUUUAUUGUUUGCAACAUUUUUGUCAGUUAAUGCAGAUAAAUACUAUUUUUUCCAGGAAACCACCACAGUAUUUUGUAAAUUUGGAAACCUUUUAUAUAAAGAUGAAUUUAAACGACAUCAGAUCUUUGCAGCAGCCAGAAUAUUUGAGUGUUUAUAUGCAUUAAUAAGAGUCUUACUAACACAUAUUCUAAUUAGAUUUGAAUGCAAAAGUUUGCAUACCCUUACUUCUAACUAAACAAUAAAACAUAAAUAAAAUAUAAAACCAUCAAUGCAACAUUUAUGGUAUUGCUGUUAAGAGUAAAGAAUUUCAAAAGGAUAUUUUAGAAGGUGAUGCAAAUGUCUUAUUGUUAUUUCUGUUAUUCUGCUUGCCUCUUAAGAACAUUUUCAGGAUUUUUGUGAAUCACUGACAAACAAGUAUUUUUUAAAGAAUAUUUUUCCACUCUUUGUUCAUGUUUUUGUCUCUUUUUUUCAUUUUAUUUUACUACUUUUUUACACUGUUUACCAGCUUUCUGAAGGUCAGUAGUUUUUAUUUUAGAUUAGAUUUUUACUACUGCUGACUCAUGACUGCUUACAACUGUUUAUAGCGUAAAUAAGAACGAGCAAAUAAUAAAUAAUUAAGCACAAAUUAAUUAAUGUGCUUAAUUAAUUAAGCACAUUAAAAUAAGUCAGAGUAUGUCAUUGGAGUGCAAACUUUUGAAUUGCUAAUAAUGAUAACAGCAAAAAAAAUAUUGCUGUGAUUCCAUGUUAUAAAUGUUCAGUUCAGGUUCUGUCAUUUUACUUGUGCACCCACAAAACAAGAGGAAUGCAAACUUUUGCACUCAAAUGCAUAUUAAAUAUGAUCUUUUGUUUUUUUUUUUUUUAAAAAAAAAGAUAUUCUUUUUUUAUUCUGUUUUUUUCAUUUUUAAAGUCACUCUGCUGUAUUUUAUAUUUUUAAGAGAGAAAGAGAGUUAUAAUAAUGCUAUUUUGUGUCAGGUUUUCUCAAGGCAGUGUUCAAAACAACAAAAAGUCCUGGACACUAGUAGAGUAAAUAACGUACACUUGUUUUUAGAUUCUCAUGGUGAUAUUUUUUAAAUUAGAAAAACAGUAUGCUUUUUGAAGUGCCCGUUUAGACUUAUUUAGCAUUACAUGAACAUCAAACCAUUAAAUAGUGUUUCAUAGUACACUAGUUUUAGAGAAACAGACCUUUUUUUUGUGUGUGUGUGUUUUUUUAAGGACCACCUGGUCCGACCUCACAGCCAGCAAAUGCCUAAAGCACAACAACUGUAACUGGAGAGUAUGUUCAUACCAGCUAUUCAUCAUAAUAUAGAUGUGUAAAAUAUGUAAUUCUAAUGCCAUACAUGCACAUACUUCUAAUUUUAUAUACCCUUUCUCUCCCUAUUUCCUCCUAUUGGUAGUUUGUAUAGUUCUCCAAACUAAUGGAUUUAUUAUUUAUUUAUUAUUAGUCUUUUUUUAAUAUCAGAAAGAGAGAAACCCCCAACACUAUAUAUUACAGCUAUUUCCAAAGGUUUGUUUCUGCACAUACCAAAAUAACUGAGAGUAGAAAUGACAAACAUGUCUUUGUACAAAAUCAUAGGAGAAACGUUUUUUUUUUUGAAAACAAAUGAUUUAUAUAUCUAAUACAUCAUUUUUAAAAGCACUUAAUGUGCAUAAUUGAACAUUGUGCUUCUCGUAAAUGAUUUAUGUAUUUAACUGCCAUCUUAAAGCUGUUACAUUUGCAUAAAAUGUUUACAGUGUCAACAGUCCAGGUGCCCAGUAAGAGUUUUUUCUCUAUAACGUAAAUAUAGGCCAUGAACUUUAUUCCUAUGUGUGCAGUGAUUAAUCAGUGGUAACUGAUGCGUAGUUUGCUGAAUUUGUGUUUGUGCUGUUGUGACUACUGUGGGUAGUUAGUUGUAGCAGCUGUAACUGCAUUGAUGUAGAAAGGACUGUUACUACCUUGCUGUAUGGAUACACCUACCAGGUGUACUGUAAAAACUUAUUAAGAACGCUUUUUAAUUCAGAUUCCUGUGUGCUAUUCUAGUUCUGUGUAUUUGUCACCACAAAAUAAGACAAGUCUUUUUUCCUCUACUUGAAUUUGUUGUGUUAAUUUUAUUUCCUUUCUGUGAAAUGUGUUUGACUUGACACGUUCUACCUAUCCUCUAGUCUUUGUAAGAAAUGAGGUUGAAGACAGAAGUAAAGUGUUGAACCAUU